AAACAACAUGACUUAGGUGACUCAGCCAGAGGUGCACCAGUCACGAUGCAGCAGCCACGAGUGGAGACCGAUGCCAUGGCCGUUGGGGCUGGCGAGGGGCCACAGCGGGCAGCCCCCUGGUCGACCUGGGUCACACGGCAGGACUGGGUGCGCUGGUGCUCGUGCCACGUGCCCCGUAGCUGGGCCCACUGGUGGAGCACAUCUGGCUGGCGGCAGCCACUGCAGCGUGUGUUGUGGGGUCUCGAGGGGAUCCUCUACCUGCUGCUGGCGCUGAUGCUGUGCCACGCGCUCUUCACCACCGGCUCCCACCUGCUGAGCUCCUUGUGGCCCGUCAUGGCUGCGGUGUGGCGCCACCUGCUGCCGGCCGUCCUGCUGUUAGUGCUCAGUGCUCUCCCCGCCCUGCUCUUCACCGCCUCCUUCCUGCUGCUUUUCUCCACGCUUCUGAGCCUCGUGGGCCUCCUUGCCUCCAUGUCUCACCCAGGUCACACUCAGGACUUGGACCAAUAGAAGGGCAACCCCACCCCGCUGCCUGUGUCUGUUGAGCCCUGGCCUAGGGCCUGAGGCCCUGGGGAAAGGGAGGGCGGUGGGACCAGAACCUCCCUGCCUUGGCAGGCCCUGGACCCCCAGUCCUUAGCACUGGUCAGGACACGUGUGAUGUUUCUGGAGCUGGCAGGGUGGACUGGCCUGACCCCUGGGCAUUUCUCUCAAGUUGAUGCUGCAGGUACUUGGGGUAGGGAGUCCGGAGUUUUGAGAAGAGGGGACAGGACACACAGUUUAGCUAGGGGCCAGGUUUGGCCAAGCCACCAAGAGCUCCCGUGUGGAUGUGGUGACAUCCACUGGGUUCCCCUUAGCAGCUGGCAGCCUCUUUUUCUUGCAGUUACUCAGCAGUCUCGUCUUCAGACUCUCUGAGAACUACUUGGGGACCCUGAGACUGUCUCGAAAGAAGAGGUACCCUCUUUCCAUUUCCCAGGCUCUAGGGAUUGUUGACAGAAAACUAGCUGGAAGAAGGCUGCCAGAAGCUCCAUGAGAGGCCUCAAUUUGCCUCCCAGACCUUCCUGCCCACUCCCUAGAUUUCCUACCUCCUGCCUCAGUUCACAUCCCCUAAUCUGGGAAAUGGGUCCACAGGGUAGUGAGGACCACAGAGAGUGUCAAAUCCUUAAGACUAUCAAGAUGUCCCAUUUCACCCCCUCACACAACGGGUGGCCUUGGCCAGUUAAUCCUUUUACACCUCCAUGUUAAGUGGGUCCCAACCUCAUCAUGGACUUGUGAGUCAAAGGCACUGCCUAUAUAUGAAAUAUUUUGUAAAGACCAGAAGACUAUAAGAUAUUCUAUUGAACUCUAAGAACACUCUGUAGGCUCAAAAGGUUUUUUGACUCCAAAGGCUGCUGACAGAGCAGGAAGUUUCCUGGGCCUUCAGAGAAAUACUGUUAUGGAUACAAUUUUGACCCCAAAAUGGUAAACACAGGAUGGAUGGGCAUGGACAAGAAGUGAAAGGUGGUGUGCUGUGAAAUCUCAAAAUGUGCAGAUGUGAAAUGCUGU